AUGGCAGGGGAGCAUUUUGUGCUUGUUCAUGGGGAAGGUCAUGGAGGGUGGUGCUGGUUCAAGCUCCGGUGGCUCCUUGAGGGCUCCGGCUACCAGGUGACCUGCAUAGACCUUGCUGGAAGUGGCGUAGACCCCACCGACCCCAACACUGUCCGGUCAUUCGACCAGUAUGACAAGCCGCUCCUGCGCCUCAUCUCCGCCUUGCCGGAGGGCGAGAAGGUGAUUCUCAUUGGGCAUGGCAGUGGAGGGCUGAGUGUGAUUCACGCAAUGCAUGAAUUCGUUGACAGAAUUAAGCAAGCAAUAUUUGUGGCAGCUGCUAUGCUGCCAUUUGGACUUCAGACUGAUGAAGAUAAGAAAGAUGUAUGUUUUGUUCCUUAA